AUGCGGUCCCUCUUCUUGACCAUGGCCUUUGCGCAUAUCUCGUCAGCUGCCAUAGCGGAAGACAUCGAGCCUUGUCAAAAGUUUGCUGAGCUGCUACGAGAAGGCCGGUCAAAAACAACCCUGGAGAACCCAUACAACUACCCGGCUGAAGUGCUCGUGGACGCUGAGACUGCUUACCAAUGUGCAACCUCCAUCCCGAUCAGCAAUGAAGAGGUUGCUGGGGUUAUCUACAAAUUCAAGAAUAUCCUUCCUAUGUACUCUACGCUGGGCUUCCUGAAAGAUCCGCCAACUUCCUACCAGCAGCCGUCCAUCGAUGUCAUGGCAUAUUUGGAUCAUAUUGAUGAGAAGGCGAAACAAAACAAAUACGCAAAUUUCUAUGAAUAUGAGUCCGAUUUGUCCCUUAUGGCGAAUCAAGUACAUGACCAGCAUUUUCGUCUUCGAAACGGCGGCAUGUAUCAGUUCCGGUGGUAUCUCCCCGAUGACAUCGUGUCAGUCUCCAGAGAUGGGAAAGAGCUGCCCCAAGUCUACGUCUACAGUGAUAUCAGCAGAGAAGUCCCGUCAGCUUCGCCCAUUAUCGAACUUGAAGAGGAGCCUGUUGUCUCUUAUCUCGAGAGAUACGCGAGGACCAAAGCUUCCACGGGCCUGCUCGAGCCCCAUGCGGAAUGGAACGCCUUGAUGUACAAUCCGGCUGUUGAGUUCAGUACCUGGGGUAGCCGCAACAGCAGCUCUGUUUAUACAUCCGAGUUCCGAAGCACUUCGUCAUAUAAUGGCAACUCCAUCAAAGGCAAAUUUGCGAAUGGGACCAAGUUUGAGUGGGAAUAUAUGGCUGGCUCCAAAGCCAUUUUUAACUUGACAAAACUCUUAAGCGGACGGUCAAUCUACGAUAAUUGGAUCACUGCUAAUAAUAAGUCAAGAAUGGGGAAGACGGAAGAAGACAAACAGACGCGGAAGCUUUUCUCGAAGAAAACAACGGCAUUCAACCCAUUAAACUCUGUACCAUAUCCAAGCUACCCAGAUGACCCUAUCGUGGUUCAGAGCAACUUUUCAAGAGGCGGAACCGUGUCGGGGUAUCUCUUGUCUGAUAAUUCUACGGGUGUGCUGAGCAUCCCAAGCUUCAUGGCCGGAAUGUAUAAGGAGGGCCCAGAAGAGCUUCAUACGGCAGUCGCUGAAUUCAUUACCAAGUCUCGCGAGGCUGGAGUGAAGAAGAUAGUCAUCGACCUCUCUGGAAAUCGUGGGGGGUUCCUGCUUCUCGCUUACGACACGUUUCGCCAGUUCUUCCCGAAGAUGGACCCCUAUUCUUUGGCAAAUUCGCGAGCUAGCGAUGAUCUAAACACCAUCGGCUCUGUAUUGUCUCACGUCGCAAUGCGCUCUAAGGACACGUUGAAAGGUCCUCUCAAUCGAACAAUGGCGCAAAACCUCGGGACUGGUGACUUGGGCAUGUACGGCACCCUAUCCAGGGAAUCCAAACCUUGGAAGUCGUGGAAAGAAUUAUUUGGGCCUGUCACUAUCAAUCAAGACAACUACACCAACCCGUGGAGAUACGAUUUCAAUUCAGCGAGAAUAAUAGGCCGCCUCGGAUACAACAUGACCGGCUAUGCAGAUAACCAAAGAGAUUACGAACAAGCUUUCGACCCGGAAGAUAUCAUCCUGCUGCACGAUGGACAUUGUGGUAGUGCCUGCUUUAUCUUUUCCAGUUUGAUGAAGAAUAUUGCUGGUGUCAAGAGUGUCGCGGUUGGCGGAAUGCCAGUCAACGGACCAAUGCAAGGCGUGGCGGGCACGAGAGGCUGCCAAGUGAGGCAGUCCGAUGCCAUUAUCAAAAUAUCCCAUAUGAUCAAUAUGGCCCUAUCAGGCAUUGAGAGCCGAGAUAAGGAGGCCGUACGCUCCAAGCUAGGUGCUACAGCUCGUGAAAUCGACUCCCUCCCGUCGCCCAUAGGCACUCCGUGGAGAGAUGUAAAUGCAGGCAUUAAUACCUUGAACUGUCUCCCCAGCUCCGACCCUCGAAUUCCGUAUCAGUUUCUGUACGAGGCCUCGAAUUGUAGGCUUUUCUACACUAUGGACAUGAUUCGAGAUGUCACAUAUCUCUGGAGAGCAGCCGCCGCGGUUGCAGAAGGAGAUACAUCAGUUUGUGUCCCUGGGUCUGUGGAUGGACCCGGGUCUGAGCCUAAUAAACCACUCAAUGUCUCCCCUGACAUUCCGUACGCUAAUCCUUGGGGAAAUGCGGUUCGGACCAAUCUGCCACGGGAUGAGCUAGUUCAGAAUAGCGGAGGGUCUUACAUUAUGUCAAGAGUCGGAGGGUCUGUCAGCGUGGCGGCAGCGAUCUUCGCCUUUGCAUGGCUACUAUGA